GAGUCAAGAUGGUCAUCUGCGCUCUUCAUACGGGCGGACAAGGAGUACCGGUAAUAGCAUCGGCAACACACACCAAGAACAUGGCAACAACAUACGUAACACUACAGGGAAGGCGCCCUUCAAUCCACAGAAUCUGCAACAGCAUUUGCAGCUCAUAGAAGAUGAACAGAAGCACAGUCAACCCAACAGUGAAGGAGUACAACACCCGAACAUUGCCGGUGGGAAUGGCCUGCAAAAUGGCAGUAACCCUCAGCUCAACAUGCAACAACACAGCAGUAUGAGCACACUACAACAACCAAAUCACCAGAUGUCCCCAAUGCACGGGAGUGUUCCAAAGUCUGG